AUGUUCAAGAGGCAGACCUCCGAAACUUGCUCGUCCAAGCCCAUCGUUUUCGUGGAGUAUGAGACCAAGGUCGGCGAAACAUGGGAAGAGACGUUGGAAAAGGUUUUGGUAGAGCUCAGAGCUACGGAGUAUGCCGCUGCCUUUCUCAAACCGGUCAAAAAGUCGGAAGCAUGGGACUAUGAUCGAGUGAUCAAGCACCCCAUGGACUUGCAGACCAUGGGCAGAAAGAUCAAGUCGCAUUCGUACAUGUCGAAAAAGGCUUUUGGGGACGACCUCACGCUCAUCUGGGACAAUUGUCUGACCUACAACACCGACCCGAACCACCCUUUGAGAAGGGCAGCACAGAUUAUGCGUAAAAAGUCGGACGCGAUCAUGCGUAGGAUUCCAGACCGCCACGAACGAUUCGCACCGAGCAUGAUUGACCGCUUCAAGUUUACAUUCUCCUCCCCUGCUCCUUCUUCUCCUUCUCUCCAACGCCAGUCUUUGGUCGUCAGUCAGACCAAGGGGCAAGGUCCGAAUGGAGUGACCCCGAGUUUGGUGGUGGAGGGGCCUGCGCUCGUCAACGGCAUUGAUUCCUCGACUCUGUCUACUACCGCACUAUCGGGUACUUUGCAAGGUGCACCGACCACUACUAGUGCAUCGACACUAGGCACCGCAAGCACCGCGGCACCACCACCUCCCGCUACUAUCGCCGAAGGGGUCGACUCGGAGGCCAAGGUCACGUUCAAGAUGGGUUGGAGCGACAAGGAAUUUGCAGAUCGACCGGCCCUAGAACGCUCUGCCGAAUCCAUGGGUGCGUUUGUCUCGCUCAACCAGCAAAUGGACGACUUUUUGGCAUCCCUCGACUGGGAUGAUCAUGGCGAGUCCAGAAACGAUUAUACGGCCUGCGUCGGCACCGAUACCUGGAUUUCAUCCUGGGCCCUCGGAAGCGGCUAUAGGAGCGCUCGUGAAUGCUGCUUCGUCUACGAUUAUGAGUCCGGUUAUACCUGUAAUGCAACGACCGCGCAUGGCUCCUCCACUGCCUAUGGUGGUGGAUGUCAAUCAGACGCUCAAGCAGGAGAAGAGAGUGUUUCUGGGUUGGCCAAGAGCGGUAAUAGUAUGACGGUCGCUCCUGAUGGCACGGUCAUCAAGCGCUCGGAUAGUCCUGAUCCAACCAGCUCUGAAAUCCUCUCCAAAAAGCGCAAGAGGACCUCUAGGCAGGAUGACUUGUUUGGGCCGAGGAAGCGGGCCAAGUUGGAAAAGAUUUCGUUGGACGCGGAGAGGAACCCGUUGGAGAAUUGGUGGUUGGCGGUUGGGUCGACUACUCUCUUGGCCAAUGCCGUUCCCGAAUCCUUUGAUUCUCCUCCGCAACCCAAUUUGCGACAUCCCCGCUUUCGAAAACCGGCGACGCGAGAUGGAGCCAUGGACGUGGAUACCACACCCUCCAAAAAGAGGCAGUCUAGCGUUCCAAAGGAAAAGAGGUCGACCUUGUUCAAGAUCAUGUCGGAAAAUGUUCGAGUGCGAAAACGAGCCCGAGAGAUUGCGAUCAAGAUUGCGGACCAGAUCGAGGACGAAAAGCAAGGUGUCGAUCCUGAAGACUUUGCCCCGCUCGUCCCACCCGCCGACGUCGGUGGAUCGCUCAAAAAAGCGAAACCGUGGAGUCAGCGGGCGGGGUUGGCUAGUCGACGGAGGGAAGAGUAUGUCGAGACCGAGAUUUCGCAGAUUCAAGCUCAGGAUUGUAUGGAGUCGGUGUCGACGCUCAUCCUAGAGCACGCCAACUUUGACAGUGCGAGUGCUUCUGCUCUUCGCGCGUUUGGUGAUGUGGCUGGAAAGUGUAUCCAGAAUCUUGGCAGGACUCUCAAAGUUCUCCAUGAGACGCACCACGGAAAGAUGACCGGAGAGGAAAUGGUUCUUCAUGCCCUGUUUUCCAAUUCGAUAGGUACCGUACACGAAUUGGAGGCCUAUAUCAAGGGUGAUAUCGUCAAACAUGGAAACAAUCUGUCCAACAUGCUCAACACGUUGGAAGAAGCUGCCAAGAGAGACGAACCUGUCGAUGAAGAUGCCAUGUUUAAUGAUGAUAACGAGGUCAUGACUGGCCUGGGGGACCUUGGAGAAGACCCUUAUGGAUUCAGAGAGAUGGGCCUGGACGCCGAAUUCGGUUUAAAGACUCUGAUCGUGCCAAAAAGACUCUUACGGCCAUCUGCAAAGGCCAAAACGAACGAUCUGUGCGUCUCUUGUCUGUAUAUUCACACACCUCUGACCAGUUUUUGCAGUGGCAAAGCCGCAGAAGCAGAAAAGUACCCGACGCCUCCUCAAUUUGCGCCACUAGAGACCAAACGUAUCAACGACCAGAUUGGUCUCUUGCAAAUGUAUUACCACCAGCGUAUCGCUGCCAUCACACCUAUACCACCUCCCUUGCCCCCACCCCGCGUCGCUACCCCACCUGUUGCGACCCCUAUUAUACCUCCGAAACCUCCCACACCCGAACCUAUACCUGUUGAAGAAUCAUCUCCCAAACCCGAACCUGAACCAGCAAUCAAGCCCGUGUUUGAUCCCUACAAUCCUUCUGCGCUAUCGAUCGUCGUCCCCAUUGUCCCCAAGCAAACACUACCCGCUUCAAGCACGUCGGCGGCUGCUACUCCUACCCCAGCACCCGCUGGUCAGGUGCUCACGGGUCCCGAUGGAUCCACCAUCGCCCCUGACGGUACGGUUCUACCUCCUGUGGCGGGACUGCCGCCACUGCCCGGUAUGGAAAGUGCUCCUCCAUCCCAAAUGAUGUUUGCUGUGCCCGAACCACCGCCUAUCCUAGAGGACGACGAACCAGACCCAAGCCGUGUCAAAGUGGGGCCCUUGGGACAGAUCCAGGUUCCAUCCGCUGCGACUGUGGCAAAGCAAAAGCGGCAACACCGAGCGGCCCAAGCCAAGGCAGCGGCCGCGGCCGCUGCAGCUACGGGCAUGCCUCCGGGGACCCCCGUCAGUGCGCCCCUCCAGUCACCUUCGUCUGCGACGAAAUCAAAGAAGCCGAGUCCCAAAAAGCCAAAGAAGGUGGAGCCUGUCGCCGCCACGGCUGCGGCUGCUGCCUAG